AAAUGAGACGAAUUUAUUAGAUGAUAUAACAUCUAAUAAUUCUACAACCCUGCUAAUUGAAGAUAUUAUUGAUUUGACAGCUGAAAAUAAUUCUAGACCAGUAGAGACGGCUCGAAUUAUUUCUCCUGCUGAUUUGGAUUACAAUCCUUGA